CGCCGGGCCCGCCGCCGUUGACGUCACCGGCCACGAUGACGUCAACAGGCCCACCGGCCAGCGUACCGGCGGCGGGACGUGCCGAGAAACCUCCCACGGGCGUGCUGUGCCCGGCGGUACCCACGGGGCAGCGGCGGCAUUGCCAGAGCCCGGUCACCGGUGCCUCCCGCAGCACCGGGAGCGUGCUUGCUCACAGCCUGUCGGGGCAGCCCCACGGCUCCGCCGCUGCCUGGGAACCCCCACCCCACGCUCGCUUUUCCCCGUGACUAAGGGCUGAGGGAGCACCGGGCUGGGCACACACUGCCACAGCCCUCACGAACACAGCGUUGCUGGGGACGGCGUUCCACACCCGCCGGUGCCGGUGGAGCGGGGGAAAUCUCCCGGCAAAGCAGCUCCCGAGCGCUUCAUCUGCCUGAAAUCGCCGGCCCGGCUCCCCGGGGACGGGGCGUGUCGGCCCGGCCGCCCACUCCCGAGUGUCUCCCCACCCUGGCGUGACCCCCAGCCCGCCUCCCGCCCCAGCGGGGCCGGCCAGCGCCGUUGGGCCGGGGCCAAGCCCCGGGCAGCGCCCCGCGGUGACGUUAAAUGUCGCCGGUACCGAGCGGGACAGGCGCCGCCCGCCUCCCCCGGCCUGGCUCUGAGUCACUUGGCAGGAACAAAGUGUUUCAAGCGCAGAUCUCGGCGGAGAGUCCGGACCAGCGCCAAAAUAAAGUCAGGGCUGGAGUGCUGAUGGGAGUGAGCCCGCCGCGUUCGCCGUUUAUCCGGCCAGGAUCGCAGCCCCGAGCGGCGAAUCCGGUACCGGGGCCAGCGGCGGGCACCGAGCCUCCCUGUCCCAAAGCAUUCCCGAGUACCGAAUAACCGGCUGCAGGGCGGUGUAACCUCGUGUUGCCCCUGCGGAACGCACGGGCCAGCGCCCGCCGGGGCAGAGGAACCGGCUCUGCCCGGUGUUCCGCCGCCGCCGCCGCGGCACCGGCCGCGCUCCCGCCCCUCCCGGCCGCGGAACGCGCGUGGAAGAGCGGAACCCCACGGGCACGGAGCCGGGCCGGGUCAGAGCACAGCGAGCACCGGAGCGCAACCGGGACCGCCCGGCACACCGGCACCGCACGUGGGCAGCGGCGGGGCGCGCCUCGUCACUUCCGGGGCGGGGCAGCCCACCGGAAGCGGGCGUUACCCGGUAACCGUUGCUUGGCAACGGCGCCGCGGCGCAGCCAUGGCGGACGAUGACCUGCCCGUCGUCUCCUUCGGGAGCCUCAUGACCGAGGGGACAACCCUGAGCCGGCGCGGCCAGCACGACAAGGCUCUGGGCUGCUUCAAUGACGCGCUGAAGCUGAGAGCAGGAGACAAGCACUGCCUUAUCACCCGCUCCAGGUGUUUUCUGAAGCUUGGAGACACAGAAAACUCCUUGAAGGAUGCUGAAGCCUCGCUCGAAAUUGACAAUACGUUCUACGAGGGGCUUUACCAGAAAGCAGAGGCCCUGUAUGCCAUGGGGGACUUUGAGUUUGCUCUGGUGUUUUACCACCGAGGCCGAAGGCUCCGCCCUGACCUGCACAAGUUCCAGCUGGGCAUCAACAAGGCUGAGGAGGCCAUUAUCAACUGCAUUGGGAAUCCAUCCUCGGUGAAGCUGGAGACCAAGGAGGAGCUGUGCUUUGUGAGCAGGCAGGCAGAGCUCCAGAGCAAAAGUAACAAGCAAAAACAGCAAAACAAACCAAAGGACCAAAAGGAUCAAAAACAGACGAAGAAGCAGAGUCCAAAAACAGAGCAACAGCUUCUGGGGCAGCUUUAUGCUGACAAGGCAUAUCUGGAGAAGUUGCUCAAGGAUGAAGACUUGAUGCAGAGCAGCACAAGGCAGGGGGUCAAAGUCGUGGACCUGGUUUUGGGUGGCAUCUCCUACCUGAAGCAGCGGCGGGACUUCUGGCAGCAGCAGAAGCCGAUGUACGCGCGGCUGUACGAGCGCAAGGUCCUGCGGCAGGGCCGCGCGCGCGACAAGAGACAGAAACCGUCCGACAUCGCCAGAGCCAUCGCAAAGGAGGUGGAGGAUAUUGAGCUGAUGCUGGCCAGAGGUUCCGCUGAGGAAAGCUGCAGGAAAGCUGAGCGUCUGCUGAAAAAGAUACAAGCCUGGUCAGAGGAUGAAGUUCCCAACAAGAAUGAGCUGAUUGGGAACCUCCACAGCCGCAUUGGGGAUGCACAGUUGGCAAUGGGGCAGAUGGAGGCAGCUUUGCGCAGCCAUAAGAUGGAUCUGGAUUGUGCCAGGCAGAACACUCUGACAGACGCCGUGUCCCGGGCCCUGGACAACAUCGGCCACGUGUACGCCCGAACUGGCAAGUUCCAGCAGGCCAUCAACACCUGGGAGGAGAAGAUUCCACUGGCCCAGUCCAGCCUGGAGAAGGCCUGGCUGUUCCAUGAAAUUGGGCGGUGCUACCUCGAGCUGGAUAAAGCUGAAGUAGCCCAAGAUUAUGGCCAGAAGUCCCUGCAGUCAGCAGAAGAAGAGGGAGAUGUGGAGUGGCAGCUCCAUGCCACCGUGCUGGUGGCACAGGCACAAGUGAAAUUGAAAGAUUACCGGUCUGCAAUCCUGAAUUUUGAAAGGGCUCUGGAGAAGGCAAGGCUUGUGCCCAGUGAAUCUGCUCAAAAUGGCAUCAUUGCGGCCUUGGAUAACGUGAGCAAAAGCUUCAUUGCAGAACUGAACAAAGGCCAUGAAGAUGGAAUGAUUUCCUCACGUGAAGAUCGCCUUUUCAGCAGUGAAAGCAUAAAAACCACCACUGAUAAUGUGGAAGAGGAGGAGAAAGAGAAUUGAGAUAAAAAGCCGUAAGAGGAAGCCAGAAACGAUGCAUAAACAGACGGAAACGUUAAAAGGGAGAAACGGACAAGGAAGGGGAGAAAUGCAGUGGGGAAAAGUAGAGCCUAGGCGGGAAGUUGAAAUA